AUGCCCACUUCACCUGCAACCACUUCCCGAGCAGCAAUCAUUCAUGGUAAUAAUAUUACAGCUGCUCACACAACAACAACCACUUCAACUGUUCGUCAUGAUGAACCCAUUCCUAUUGAUAACACUCUCCCUCGACAAAAUCAGAGACACAUCUUUAUGGCCUCCCUUCUCGUUACCUUGUGCUCCUUAACGUGUUUAAUUGCCUUUGUGGUCGUCUAUGUGGUCUAUGUCGUGAUGAGUUUUCAACACAUGUCCGAACAAACGAAUGGCAUGCAUUGGGAAGGUUUUUAUUCAUGGCCACUCUAUGUUGUGAUUGUGUCCGUAGUGUUGUUUAUUGUGUCUUUGAUUUUACUCAUCAAGAGGUAUCAAUUAAUGGUACGACGCCGAAUGGAACAACAUCAACAAGCUGAGGCACAUAGAAUGGAAAUGGAGAGAACAUUGACGACGAUUAGUGUACCAACCACCAUUUCAGGAAGUGGAACUUUGGUAGAAAUGAAAAUACCUCCUUCACAUGGGAAUCAUGCUACUUCGACAGAGACGAGGCAAGACGAGCAGCAGCAACAACCAUCGUAUGUUAUGAGAGAACCUGGAGUGGUCAUGCCAUCAUCUACAAGUGUCACACAACCCAUUCCAUUGGGAGUGAAUCAGGAAUCGCAGGCAGUACAAUAUACUUUUAACAAUAAUUUACCACCAUCGAUUGUGUAA